AAAACUGGUUUUCCAUCACUGAAAUGUGAAAUUCUCCACGUUACACGUACCUGUUUCUCAUCACCAAAGUCUCCAAUCUCCUUCCAUAUGUCACCUCCUCUGUAAUCUCUUCUCUUCCUUCCCCAAUCUCUUACUAUAUAUUGCCCCAUUCUUAUCCCUUUUUCCUUUCGCUACUUUUGUCCAUAAUUUCUAUGCUUAAGACUCUGGUACUCCGUUCUUCUUCUCUUUCCUUUUCUCACUUUAACCACUUCUCCACCUUACCCAGAAAAUUCCCAUUUUCCUUCACUCACUUUCCUUGUCCUUUCUCGACCGUUUUCCCUCGACCCGUUAACUCCUGCAGGUGCAAGGUCUUCGCCAUGGCUGAACGGACCUCCACUUCAAGUUCCCACUCCCUUAAGUAUACUAAUCGUCUCGCAACUGAGCAUAGUCCUUAUCUUCUUCAACAUGCUCAUAACCCGGUUGAUUGGUAUCCUUGGGGUGAAGAAGCUUUUGCAGAAGCAAGAAAAAGAGACGUGCCAAUCUUCUUAUCAAUUGGAUACAGUACCUGUCACUGGUGUCAUGUGAUGGAGGUGGAGUCUUUUGAAAACGAAGAGGUGGCAAAGUUGUUGAAUGAUUGGUUUGUGAGUAUUAAGGUGGAUCGAGAAGAAAGGCCCGAUGUUGACAAGGUGUACAUGACAUAUGUGCAGGCUUUGUACGGUGGUGGAGGGUGGCCGCUGUCCGUUUUGCUUUCACCUGAUUUAAAACCCUUAAUGGGUGGAACUUACUUUCCUCCUGAGGAUAAGUAUGGAAGGCCUGGAUUUAAGACCAUUCUUAGAAAGGUGAAGGAUGCUUGGGAUAAUAAAAGAGAUAUGAUUGUUAAGAGUGGAGCCUUUGCUAUUGAACAGCUAUCAGAAGCAUUAUCGGCUAGUGCAGGUUCAAAUCAGUUGCCAGAUGGGCUUGCACAAAAUGCAUUACGCUUAUGUGCAGAGCAGCUGUCUAACAGCUAUGAUUCAAGGUUCGGUGGUUUUGGAUCUGCUCCCAAGUUUCCUAGACCAGUCGAGAUUCAAUUGAUGCUCUAUCAGUCCAAAAAAUUAGAGGAAAGCAGAAAACCUGGUGAAGCAAAAGAGAGUCUGAAAAUGGUUUUCUUUAGUUUGCAAUGCAUGGCAAGAGGAGGUAUGCAUGACCACGUUGGAGGUGGUUUUCACAGAUAUAGUGUGGACGAAUGCUGGCAUGUUCCUCAUUUUGAGAAAAUGCUGUACGAUCAAGGGCAACUUGCCAAUGUUUACUUGGAUGCUUUUUUCAUCUCUAGAGACAUAUUAUAUUCAUUUAUAUCUCGAGAUAUCCUUGAUUAUUUAAGGAGAGAUAUGAUUGGGUCAGAAGGUGGAAUCUUUUCAGCAGAGGAUGCUGAUAGUGCUGAAUUUGAAGGUGCAACCAGAAAAAAGGAGGGAGCAUUCUACAUAUGGACGAGCAAAGAGAUUGAUGACAUUCUUGGAGAGCAUGCUAGUCUUUUUAAGGAACAUUACUAUGUAAAGCCAUCAGGAAACUGCGAUCUUUCUAGCAUGAGUGACCCGCACAAGGAAUUCAAGGGGAAAAAUGUGCUCAUUGAAAGAAAUGAUUCUUCAGCACUGGCAUCAAAACUUGGCAUGUCAAUCCAGGAGUAUCUGGAUAUUCUAGGUGAAUGCAAAAAGAAACUUUUUGAUGCAAGGGCAAAGAGACCUAGGCCACAUUUGGAUGAUAAGGUGAUUGUAUCGUGGAAUGGACUUGCAAUUUCAUCUUUUGCAAAAGCAUCUAAAAUCCUCAAGGGUGAACCGCAGGGCACAAAUUCCAACUUCCCUGUUGUUGGAUGUGAUCCUAAGGAGUACAUGGAAGUUGCAGAAAAGGCGGCAAAUUUUAUUAGAAGACAUCUGUACAAUGAACAAACACGCAGGCUUCAGCAUAGCUUUAGGAAUGGCCCAUCAAAUGCACCCGGGUUUUUAGAUGAUUAUGCGUUCUUGAUUUCAGGGCUGCUGGAUCUUUACGAGUUUGGUGGUAGCACUGAUUGGUUAGUUUGGGCAACUGAACUCCAGGAUAUGCAGGAUGAGUUAUUCCUCGACAGAGAAGGUGGAGCCUAUUUUAACACUCCAGGAGAAGACCCUUCUGUGCUUCUCCGAGUAAAGGAAGAUCACGAUGGAGCCGAACCAUCAGGAAACUCAGUCUCUGCAAUCAAUCUUGUGAGAUUGGUCUCCAUGGUUUCUGGCAGUAAAUCCGACCAUUACAGGCAGAACGGAGAGCAUCUUCUGGCUGUUUUCGAGUCGAGAUUAAAGGAAAUGGCAAUGGCAGUGCCACUUAUGUGUUGUGCAGCCGAUAUGCUGUCGAUUCCUUCCAGGAAGCAAGUUGUGCUGGUUGGCCAUAAGCCUUCAGAAGAGUUCGAAAACAUGCUUGCGGCUGCUCAUGCCUCAUAUGAUCCGAACAAAACAGUAAUUCAUAUAGAUCCAACAAACACAGCAGAGAUGGAAUUUUGGGAAACGAAUAAUAACAAAGUGGCUCUCAUGGCAAGAAACAAUUUUGCAGCUGACAAAGUGGUUGCUCUUGUAUGCCAAAGUUUCAGUUGCAGGCCCCCAGUAAGCAGCCCUGAAUCUCUACAACAUAUGCUCUCAAACAAGUCUGCCUCGUCCUCUGUUGUAUGAAUCUGUCAUUGCUUUACUUGGUAGUGUAUGAUAAAAAAGAAAAAACAUACGGCCAAAAUCACAUGUAAUACUCUUGUAUACGGUGAACCAAUGAUUUUAACACCAAACAAUGGUUUGAUAGAAUACUCUUCUUUUUUUAAUAAUUAAUAUUGCUUUUUCGUA